CUCAACAUUCGAUAGCUUUCGUUUCCGAAAUGGCGGUUACUUAAAUGUUUUGUGAUCGGACCUCGUGGAUGGGUUUCAGACCCUGAAAUAAAGCAAGCAAUGGAGGUUGGUUUACGCGUUGUUCGUGGCCCCGAUUGGAUGUGGGGUGAUCAAGACGGAGGCGAGGGAAAUGUUGGCACAGUCGUCCAUCUUGGCGGCGACGGAAACUUCCCUGAAGACACUGUUUUGGUGUAUUGGGAUUCUGGAAGGCAGGCGAACUAUCGGGCAGGAUAUUCUGGAAAGUAUGAUCUACGAAUCUUCGACAGCGCUCAAACUGGUUUAAAGCACCCUCAUGUUACAUGUGAUGGUUGUAAGCAAGCCCCCCUCGCUGGAAUACGAUACAAAUGUGCUAACUGUCCAAACUAUGAUUUGUGUUCGACUUGUUUUGGAAAUGAUGUUCAUGAUAUGCAGCAUGAAUUUUUGCGAUUUGAUCAAGUUCCUCAACAAAAUGGAAUACCUGCUGGUAAGCGUGCUGGUGCUGUUAAGGUACAAUCCAAGGGAUUUUUUUCUGGAGCUAAGGUUACUCGAGGAAGAGACUGGAAAUGGGAUGACCAAGAUGGGGGCAGUGGUAGGAUUGGUACAUUGACUGAGAUCACUGCUUGGAGUAAUGUGGAGAGGGCAGGAGCAAAAGUCAUCUGGAAUAUACUUAGGAAUAACACAUACCGAGCAGGAUACCAAGGAUCAGUUGACCUCAAAUGUACAACUCCAGGAAAUGGCCCACACUACUAUCGUGAUUGUCUAGGGAGAGUUGGUGAUAAACGGCUCCAGAGAAACAGAAAUCGAUUGAGGAUUGGAGACAGAGUCAUUGUAAACCUUGAUGUGGAGGUGCUUAAAGCAAUGUCCCAAGGACAUGGCGGCUGGGUCGAUGGUAUGGGACAGUGCAUAGGAAAGGUGGGGAAAAUACAUAAAAUAGACGAUGAUGGUGAUGUCCACAUCAGGUAUGGGCUCCAGUCAUGGGUAUUCCAUCCAGAUGCAGUCACUAAGUUGCCGACUUUCCAGGCUGGAGAUAAAGUAAGAGUGUUGAAAAAUAAGCAAGAAGUACAAAGGUUACAGCAGGGGCACGGUGGCUGGAAUGAGUCUAUGACGGCGGCUUUGGGUAAAGAGGGAAAGAUCUUAGAGGUGGACAGCGAUGGUGAUGUUGUAGUUGUGGUAGGAACGGAUCUCUGGCUGUUCAACCCAGCAGCUCUGGAGGAUCUGACGGGAGGGGAGGCUACGGCGCGACGGGGCGAAGUUGCAACGGGAUCUCCAGACAAACUAACGGAGCUACAGGACCUUCUUAAGAUGAUGUUAGUAGAGGCGACUAUGAAAAGUGGAAGUGAUCCUGGAGACAGAUUAGUGAACGCUUCAUCAAAUGGAAACCUACAGGAAGUCCGGGAAAUCCUGGAAGCAAAUCCCGAUAAGAUCAAUCAUAAAAGAGCAGGCAAAACCUCUCUGCAUGUAGCUUGUCAUCAAGGUCGAACUGAAAUUGUUAAAUACCUUGUAGACAAAGGCGCUGACAAAGAUGUCAAGGACGAACAGGAUUACUCAGCGUUGCAUCAUGCGGCUUAUGGAGAUAAAAGUGGCCAGGCUGUGACAGCCAUGUUAGCCACAGGAACAAACGUCAAUGUUUGUGAUAACAAAAACAAAAGCACGCCGCUACACUUAGCUGUCAAUCAAGGAAACGAAGCUGGUGUUAGGGCUCUGCUGUCGUCAAGACACUGCGACGUCAACUGUCAGGAUUUGGCCGGUGAUACAGCUCUACACGACGCUAUCUCCAAAGAAAAGAAUGGAAUUAUAGAUCUCAUUCUCAAUUACCAAAGGCUGGAUAUCACUGUUUCUAAUGGCAGAGGGUUCAACCCCCUUCAUCAAGCUUGCAUGAAAGGAAAUAAAAGUGCUGUUGAAAAAAUCGCAAGGAAAUUCCCUGGCCUCAUUGAGAUUCCAAAAGAAGACGGAUUUAGUGCCCUUCAUCUAGCUGCCUUCAAUAACCACUUAGAAAUCGCAAAGGUUCUGCUGUUGUCGGGCCACUGUGACAUCAAUCUACGCAAUAGAAAGAGACAGACGGCCCUGGCUCUUGCUGUCUCUGAAGCUUACACCAGCAUGAUAGAACUAUUGAUUGAACAUGGCGCCGAUAUAAAUGCUGCAGACGAAGAUGGAGACACCCCUUUGCACUUGGCUGUCAUACAUCAAGCUGUUGGGAGUAGUGGCUUAAGAGGGCUCUUACAAGGACUAGGGGUCGACGUCCCAGCCAGCGGCACAGACCAGCACACUGGCUCUGCCAUCGCUGUAUACUUAGCUCUUCAUGGGGCAGAUAUUAACUUUUACAACAACGAAGGUAAAACCCCACUGGAUAUGUGCCAAGACCCACAAACUGCCAACCUGAUUAAACAAUUUGCGAGGAAUACUCCAAGGUAA